AUGGCAUUAACAACUGCGACGGGAUUGGUAAUACGUAUGCAGUUGGCUGUAAAAGCGGCGUCGGUAGUUGGUAGAGAUAACAAUGAAACGAGGGCAACAGGUGGCGUAACAACGGCAAAGGGUGGCGUUACAACGGCAAAGUGUGGUGUAAUAGCAGCAAAGGGUGGCGUUACAACGGCAAAGUGUGGUGUAAUAGCAGCAAAGGGUGGCGUAACAACGGCAAAGUGUGGUAUAGUAGCAGCAAAGUGUGGUGUGAUAGCAGCAAAGGGUGAUGUAAUAGCAGCAAAGUGUGGUGUAAUAGCAGCAAAGGGUGGCGUAACAACGGCAAAGUGUGGUGUAAUAGCAGCAAAGGGUGGCGUAACAACGGCAAAGUGUGGUGUAAUAGCAGCAAAGUGUGGUGUGAUAGCAGCAAAGGGUGGCGUAACAACGGCAAAGUGUGGUGUAAUAGCAGCAAAGUGUGGUGUAAUAGCAGCAAAGGGUGGCGUUACAACGGCAAAGUGUGGUGUAAAAGCAGCACAGGGUGGCGUAACAACGGCAAAGUGUGGUGUAAUAGCAGCAAAGUGUGACGUAACAACGGCAAAGUGUGGUGUAAUAGCAGCAAAGGGUGGCGUAACAACGGCAAAGUGUGGUAUAGUAGCAGCAAAGUGUGGUGUAAUAGCAGCAAAGGGUGACGUAAUAGCAGCAAAGUGUGGUGUAAUAGCAGCAAAGGGUGGCGUAACAACGGCAAAGUGUGGUGUAAUAGCAGCAAAGGGUGACGUAACAACGGCAAAGUGUGAUGUAAUAGCUGCAAAGGGUGGCGUUACAACGGCAAAGUGUGGUGUAAUAGCAGCAAAGUGUGACGUAACAACGGCAAAGUGUGGUGUAAUAGCAGCAAUGUGCGACGUAACAACGGCAAAGUGUGGUGUAAUAGCAGCAAAGGGUGGCGUUACAACGGCAAAGUGUGGUGUAAUAGCAGCAAAGUGUGACGUAACAACGGCAAAGUGUGGUGUAAUAGCAGCAAAGUGUGACGUAACAACGGCAAAGUGUGGUGUAAUAGCAGCAAAGGGUGGCGUUACAACGGCAAAGUGUGCUGUAAUAGCAGCAAAGGGUGGCGUAACAACGCCAAAGUGUGGUGUAAUAGCAGCAAAGUGUGACGUAACAACGGCAAAGUGUGGUGUAAUAGCAGCAAAGGGUGGCGUUACAACGGCAAAGUGUGCUGUAAAAGCAGCAAAGUGUGGCGUAACAACGGCAAAGUGUGGUGUAAAAGCAGCAAAGUGUGGCGUAACAACGGCAAAGUGUGGCGUUACAACGGCAAAGUGUGGUGUAAUAGCAUCAAUGUGUGACGUAACAACGGCAAAGUGUGGUGUAAUAGCAGCAAAGGGUGGCGUUACAACGGGAAAGUGUGGUAUAGUAGCAGCAAAAUGUGACGUAACAACGGCAAAGUGUGGUGUAAUAGCAGCAAAGGGUGGCGUUACAACGGCAAAGUGUGGUGUUAAAGCAGCAAAGUGUGGCGUAACAACGGCAAAGGGUGGCGUUACAACGGCAAAGUGUGGUGUAAUAGCAGCAAAAUGUGGUGUAAUAGCAGCAAAGUGUGGCGUAACAACGGCAAAGGAUGGUGUAAUAAUGGCAACGGGUUGGUUAUCAACGGCGACAAGCGAUGGGAGGGGUAUACAUAUCGACAGAAGUGGUAGUAACGACGAUAAGAGGGUAAACAGUGAAGACCGGAGAUGUUACAACUAA